AUGGCUGUGUUUGGUGCUGUGUCGAUCCUAAAAGGAAUGAAUGCAACGAAUCGCUUUCUUGGGUGGAAGAAAAGUGGUGCAACGAGCCUGAGAAAAAACAAGAAGCAUCAGCUCAAAGAAACAACAACAAACAUGGCGUCCGAUAUCGCCUUUUUAAAGCCACAACGAAAUGCAAUAGCCGAUCCAGCAAUGGCAGCCGAAUGGAACAAGAAAAAGCUGUGUUGGGUGCCCGAUGAGAAGGAGGGUUUUGUCGCUGGAUCGAUCAAAUCCGAGAAAGGCGAUGAGCUCUCCGUGGAGAUCUGUGAAUCUGGAAAAAUGGUCACCAUCAGCAAAGACGAUGUGCAGAAAGCCAAUCCACCGAAAUUCGAUCGAGUCGACGAUAUGUCCGAUUUGACAUAUCUAAAUGAGGCCUCUGUUCUGCAGAAUCUUCGUGCUCGCUAUUUCUCGUCACUUAUUUAUACUUAUUCGGGUCUCUUCUGUGUGGUCAUCAAUCCCUACAAGAAACUCCCGAUCUACUCCGAAGAAAUCAUUGAAGAAUAUAAAGGAAAGAAAAGACACGAGAUGCCACCACAUAUCUUUGCCAUUGCUGAUUCAGCAUACAGGAAAAUGCUUCAAGAACGAGAAGAUCAGUCGAUUCUUUGCACCGGAGAAUCGGGAGCGGGUAAAACAGAGAACACGAAGAAGCAUCCAUAUAUCAGCUUUGAGGAUUCGAAAGCGAUUGGUGAACUCGAGUCUCAACUCCUUCAAGCAAAUCCGAUUCUUGAAGCUUUUGGUAACUCGAAGACGGUGAAAAAUGACAACUCGUCGAGAUUUGGAAAAUUCAUUCGCAUCAACUUUGAUAUGUCGGGCUUCAUUUCUGGUGCCAACAUCGAACACUAUUUGUUAGAGAAAUCGAGAACGUUGAGACAAGCACAAGAUGAACGAUCAUUCCAUGUAUUCUAUCAAUUCUUGAAGGGAACCGAUCCACAACAGAAAGCUCAAUUCCUUCUUGAGGAUGUCAGCCACUACAAGUAUCUCAACAAUGGAUACAUCCAACUUCCAAAUGUUGAUGAUGCAAUCGAAUUCCAGAACACGAUCAAGAGCAUGAAGAUUAUGGGAUUCUCGGAUGAAGAAGUUGCUUCGGUUCUUCGAGUCGUCUCCGCUACACUUCUCCUUGGAAACAUUCAAAUUGAACAAGAGAGAAGAGCUGAUCAAGCAAUUAUGCCUGAUGAUAGAGUUAUUCAAAAAGUCUGUCAUCUUCUCGGCAUUCCGGUUGUUGAAUUGCAGAAAGCUUUCUUGAGACCAAAAAUCAAAGUUGGAAGAGAAAUGGUGCAAAAAGCGCAGAACCAAGAAGCUACUGAGUUUGCGAUUGAUGCAAUUGCUAAGGCUUGCUAUGAACGUCUCUUCAAAUGGUUGGUCACUCGAAUCAACAAAUCUCUUGAUCGAACGAGGAGACAAGGAGCCUCCUUCAUCGGAAUUCUUGAUAUCGCUGGAUUCGAAAUCUUUGACCUGAACUCAUUCGAACAAUUGUGCAUCAAUUUCACCAACGAGAAACUCCAACAACUCUUCAACAACACCAUGUUUGUGCUCGAGCAAGAAGAGUAUUUGAAGGAGAAUAUUCCAUGGGAUUACGUGGACUUUGGUUUGGACUUGCAGCCGACGAUUGAGCUUAUUGAGAAGCAACUUGGCAUCUUGGCGAUUCUCGAUGAGGAAUGCGCUUUCCCACAAGCAACUGAACGAACUUUCGUCGACAAAUUAACGCAAAAUCACAAAAAACACCCGAAAUUCAUCAUCCCUGACAUGAGAGCAAAGAGUGAUUUCGCUGGUCAGGAUCGAGCGCUCAUGUUUGGUGUGGUUCACUAUGCUGGACGAGUCGAUUACUCGGCUACACAAUGGCUUGUGAAAAAUAAAGAUCCAUUGAAUGAGAAUGUCGUUUCACUUAUGCAGAAUGCAAGUGAUCCAUUUGUCGUGAAUAUUUGGAAAGAUGCUGAAUACACGUCGAUCUACGCGAAUGAGAUGAACGAGACGGCUUUUGGAAUGAGAGCAAGGAGAGGAAUGCUGAGAACGGUGGCACAAAUGCAUCGAGAAUCGCUCAACAAAUUGAUGGCCACAUUGAAGAACACAUUCCCGCAUUUUGUUCGCUGUAUUAUCCCGAAUCACGAGAAGAAACCUGGAAAGAUCAACUCGAUGCUUGUGCUUGAGCAAUUGCGUUGCAAUGGAGUGUUGGAAGGAAUUCGAAUCUGUCGACAGGGUUACCCGAAUCGUGUCCCAUUCCAAGAAUUCCGUCAUCGAUAUGAGAUCCUUUGCCCGAAUAUGAUCCCACGUGGUUUUAUGGAUGGAAAAGAGGCUGCGAAGCGAAUGAUUGAAGCUCUUGAAAUCGAUCCAAAUCUUUAUCGAAUCGGUCAAAGCAAGGUGUUCUUCCGUGUCGGUGUUCUUGCCACACUCGAGGAAGAGAGAGAUAACAAGUUGACGGAUUUGAUUGUCGCCUUCCAAGCGCAAUGUCGUGCGUAUUUGGCGAGAAGACUUUAUCAACGCCGAGUCCAGCAAAGCAAUGCGAUCCGUGUGCUGCAAAGGAAUGGAUUGGCUUGGUUGAAGUUGAGAAACUGGCAAUGGUGGAGACUGUUUACUAAGGUGAAACCCCUUCUCCAAGUGACCAAUCAAGAGAAGGUGAUUGAUGAGAAAGAUCGACAAAUUCGUGAGGCAAAAGAGAGAUUGGAAAGCAUCGAGAGAGAAUAUUUGGAUAAUCAAAAGAAAUUGGAGAUCAUGAAUAUCGAACAGAAACAACUCUCCGAUUCGCUCACAACCGAGGUGGAAUCUCGAUCGGAAUUGGAGGAGAUUAACAGCCGGUUGAGCUCGAAAAAGAAAGAACUUGAAGAUGAACUCCUUGAUAUGAGAGAAAGAAUCAACGACGAGGAACACAGAAUUCAAACGAUUUCUGACGAGAAACGAAAGCUCGCCGAAACUGUUCGCGAUCUUGAAGAACAAUUGGAACAAGAGGAACAAGCACGACAGAAGAUUCAGAUUGAUAAGGUAAAUGUUGAUCAUCGUCUGAAGAAAAUGGACGAAGAGUACGCUGCUUUGCAAGACGCUCAUGAUAAGUUGACGAAAGAACGAAGAAAUCUUGAAGAGAGAAGCCAACAACUCUCACAACAAUUGCAAGAGGAAGAGGAACGAGUGAAACAUGUUGGAAAACAAAGGACAAAGGUCGAAGGCCAUGUGCAAGAAUUGGAACAAGAAGUCCUUCGCGAGCGUCAACUCAAAAAUGAUCUUGAAGGAGCUCGCCGCAAAUUGCAAGCCGAUUUGGAAGAACAGAGAGAAGCGCUCGAGGAAAAGAACACAAAACUAGAGGAUCUCAAUCAACAAUUGAUGAAGAAAGAAGAAGAAUUGGCACAUUUAUUGACAAGGAAUGAUGAGGAAUCAGCUCAAGUGCAAUUGCUUCAGCGACAGAUUCGAGAUCUUCAAUCAACUGUUGAAGAGUUGAGAGAAGAUAUUGAGACGGAGAGGAAUGCAAGGAGCAAAGCUGAAUCAGCAAGAAAAACGCUUAACGAUGAAUUGGAAGAGUUGAGAACGGCGCUGUUGGAAGCCACUGAUAAAUCAGCUGUCUCGCAUGCGAUUCAAAAGAAUAAAGAUGAAGAGUUGAGAGCCAUCAAGAAAGCACUUGACACUGAGCGCGGUCAUUUUGAGACGCAAAUGGCCGAGCAUAAGAACAAGUAUCAGCGACAGAUCGAGGAACUCAUCCAAGAAGCUGAUCAAGCAAAGAAGGCAAGAGUGCAAACCGAGCAGAAGAAAACCAUUGUCGAUAGUGAGAGAGCUGAAAUCGCGCAAGAGUUGGCGAAUCUUCAAGCUCAAAAGGCUGAGAUCGACCGAAAGAGGAAACAAGCAGAAGGAGUGACGAUCGAGUUGCAGACACAAUUAGUGGAGAGUGAAGACGCGAGAAGGGCCGCCUUUGAGCAACUCGAGAGAGCUCGUGAGGAGCUGGAAGCCGUUGUGCGCCAGAAGGAAAGCGAUGAGCACAAUCAAGGGCAAUUGGCGAGAAAGGUGGCCACUCUUGAGCAACAACUUCAAGAGCUCAGUGACACUCUCCAAGAAGAGACACGUCAAAAGCUCACCUAUCAGUCAAAAAGCCGACAAUUAGAAUCAGAUCUACAGGCGAUUAACGAUGAGCAUACUGAUUUGGAGACACAAAAGGAGCAACUUAACCAUGAGAUUGUUUCGUUGAGAGCACAAUUGGUUGAAGCAAAGAAAAAAGCUGAUGAGGGAGUGAUCUUGCAGUUAGAGGAACAGAAAAAGAAGGCUCAACGAGACAUCGAGAAACUUCAAAAGCAGCUUAAUGACAGCGAAUCCGGAAAGGAGAGAUUGGCAGCGGCCAAGAAGAAGUUACAAGACGAAAUGGAGGAUAUUGUUAUGGAAAUGGAACAGGCAAAAGCUGCAGCAAGAGAAACGGAAAAAGGACGCAGAAAAUUCGAUCAACAAUUGGCUGAGGAGAAGGCUAAUUUGCAGAAGGUGAUGUUGGAGCGAGACUCGCAUGCGCAAGAAUCUAGAGAUCGUGAGACACGAAUCCUUUCAUUGCAAAAUGAGAUGGAUGAUCUAAAGGCAAGACACGAUGAGAUUGAGAGAUCAAGGAGGAGCCUACAAGAGCAAUUGGAUAGAGUAAUGGGAUCAACUGAUGAUGCGUCGAAGCAAAUCUUGGACUUGGAAAGAGCGAAACGAGCGCUUGACCAAGAGCUCGCUGAUCAGAAAUCGACAAUGGAAGAGCUAGAAGAUGCAGCACAAUUGGCCGAAGAUGCCCGAUUGAGAUUGGAAGUGAAUCUGCAAGCGGAAAGGAGUGAAAAGGAACGACUCUUGCAACAGAAAGAUCAUGAGGCUGAAGAGAAACGCCGCUCGCUCAUCAAACAGAUUCGCGAUCUUGAAGAAGAGUUGGAGAAUGAACGACGAGGAAAGGGAUCAGCUGUAUCGAAUAAGAAGAAAUUGGAGUCACAGGUGUCCGAACUCGAGCAACAACUCGAAGUCUCGAAUCGUCUAAAGGAGGAAUACAACAAACAACUCCGAAAGAACGCUCAAUUCAUUCAACAAUAUCAGAAAGAUUUCGAGGAGGCCAGACAAAUGAAAGAAGAAGUUGCGAGUCAAUUGAGAGAUAUGGAGAGGAGAUUGAGAUCCGCUGAAAACGAGAACCAACGUCUCCAAGAAGCUAAUGAGGCGUUAAUAGUUCAAAAGAGGCAACUCGAAGUAGACAAAGACGAGUUAGAGGAUCGCUUGGGUAAAGGAGGAUCGAUCAGCUCAGAUGAAAAACGUCGUCUUGAGGCAAAGAUUCAACAAUUGGAGACAGAGUUAGAGGAGGAACAAAGCAAUGCCGAGCUUGCUAUCGAUAAGCAGAGAAAGGCACAGUUGCAGGUCGAGCAACUCACCACUGAGCUCUCAAUGGAACGAUCUUUGGCUCAACGAGCUGAUGCUGAGAAACAACAAUUGGAACGACAAAACCGGGAACUCAAAGGGAAAAUCGCUGAAAUGGAGACAGCUGCAGCUUCUCGAUCUCGAGCACAAAUCGCGGCUCUUGAGGCAAAAAUUCAAUACUUGGAUGAACAGAAUAACACUGAGGCACAGGAGAGAAUGAACGCCACGCGAUUGGCUCGUCGACUCGAGAAACGCUUGCAAGAUAUUGUUGUUCAAUUGGAGGACGAGAGAAGGAAUACUGAGCAGCAUAAGGAACAAGCCGAGCGAGCGAAUACUCGAGCUCGCGCCAUGAGGCGACAAUUGGAUGAUUUGGAGGAAGAGUUGGCGAGGGAAAAAGCGAGAAGCAGGAAUUUGCAGCGAGAAAUCGAUGAUCUCAAUGAGGCUAAUGUUAACUUGAUGCGUGACAUGAAUCAUGCACGAAGUGGAGCCGUGAGAACACGCGGUUUGGGAUAUCCACGGCGCCUCAAAGAAUCCUCUGACAAUCUCGUUGAUGAUGAGGGAAGCAUUGGUUCGGAUGCUACUGAUGAGUUGAAGAAAUCGGUUAGC